AUGGCAGUCCGCAGCUACCAAUCCGAUGGCAGUGUCCACAUCGCCGAACGAGACAUCGACAACAUCCAGGAUGCCGCUCCGGAGGACAUGUUGCAAGAGAUUGAUGACAUCCUCGGAGACAUCCAUACCAAGUCGAAGCGCGGAACCAUUGUCAAGAGACUCGCAAGCCAAUACUUGCCUGAUUUCGAUAUGAACAACCCGACCGAUUCAGGCCAUGUGCAGCAGCUCAAGGACGGCCAGACGGAUGCUGUCCAGCUAGCCUCUUACUUGGAGCAGUCCUGGUCCAACGCCGUCGACAACGGAAUUUAUGGCCAUUACUUUGGUGAUGCGGACAAGGACGCCGUACAGAAGGUGUACAAAAACAUCUGGGGCACCGAUGACCAAGAAGGCUCCAUCGAUCUCGGCUACAUCUUCUGGACCAACAAGGAUAUCAAGGGUAUCUGCACGACUCCAGGAACCGAGAAAGUGGGCGAUAGCAUCACCCUGGCCUAUAUUGGCAAUCUCGUACGCAACAACCAGCAAAUCGCCAUCGCGCAUAUGUGUGAUCAGGGCUACGACGUCCCAAAACGUUCAGACGUCAGCUGUGAUAGCUUGGGGUCCACAGUCAGCACGCUGAUGGACGUUCUUGGUGCGAUCAUUCUUCACGAAUACACCCACUUCGACCGCAUCGGCAAGGCCGCGACCGGUACCCACAUUGGAGACAAGGCCUAUGGACCUCUCGAUGUCAAGGGCUUGAGUGAUGCCGACAAGCUGAUCAAUGCCGACAGCUACCGGUGGCUGGCGCUUGAGUAUUACUGGACAACGGUCUGUGGCAAGACUUUCUCGGGUCCCAGAGAUGACAGAGACAAUGACGAGAGUGCUUGUCAGCCAGGAAAGUGCAUUGUCCAGUGA